CUUAAUCAACUCUUAAUUAACGUAAUUAACUCUGAAUUAGGCAUACCGUGCUCGACGUGGGCGCUCACAUCGGCGUCUUCACGCGCGCCGCUCUCGCCGCCGGCGCCGCGCGCGUGGUGGCGGUCGAGCCGGAGCCGUCGAACGCCGCGCUGUGGCGGCAAAAUUGCGCGGGCGCGGGCGCGGCGGGCAGAGCGUCGCUCGUCGAGGCGGCGGUCGUGCGGCACGCGGCCGAGGCCGGCAGCGCGACGCUGCUGCUCGGUGUGGCGCGCUCCGACGGCAUGGACAACACUUGGAGGCACGCGCUGCGCGGCCUCUCGCACUACAAGGCGGAGGAAGGCGCGCGUGCCGUCGAGGUGCGAUCGGUGCCAUUCUUCGAGCUGCUCGACGAGACGAUCACCUUCGUCAAGAUGGAUUGCGAGGGGGCGGAGCUGGCGCUGCUCUCCUCCUUUGACCCGGGCGCAUGGCGCGGCGUGAGGCGGCUCGUCUGUGAGUGGUCGUUCACCAAGCAGCGCUCGAUGCACGCGUUCCGAGAGGCGGUGGCGCGGCUGCGCGGCGAGGGCUUCGAGGUGUGGUAUGAGGGAUUGGGUAAUUGGGACGAGGCGUUUGAUGAGUGGCCGUGGUCAACAGACGCUGUGUUGUACGCUGCGAGGUGACAGGCGUUAGUUAGAGGUUAGUAGUGCAGCUCAUUUUUCGUGAUCGCCCUUGUAACGCCCGGCUUCAGUGAGA